AUGUGCCGAGGCGCUGUAGCAUUGGCCUCGGGCUGUGAAUCCAUUGGGCAGUACAAAGCAGCAGAAUUCUCGACAUCUAGAAAACAAGGGCGAUGCAUAGUAUGCGAGAGGCAUGUCACAGGACAAGCGCUCAAAAAGAAAGCAAACAUGGAUCCACAACUGCACGUGGAGGCAUCUGCAUUGAUACCGCUGCCGUGACCUCGUCCUCCUUAGAGGCAACUACAUCAACAAGUAUGGCACUCAGAAUCAUCAAUGAUUGUCGCCGAACACUACUAGCUCACAAACAAACAAGUCCGUAAGAUGUUCCUCGAGGGAAGCGGCACAGUCAGCAAUGCCUCAACACAAAUCCUGUGCACAGUGGGGGAUUCUCGUGGCUUGAUAGAAUUCCAGAAGAUAGUGUUCAUUGUUCUUGAAAGGGACUUUCCUUCAGGUGUAGUCUGGCAUGAAACCUUCCCAGAGAAUGAUAAAGGUAGUUUGCAACGUAGAAAUGACCUGGUCUGCUGUCCACCUUUUUUUGAGGAUGCAGAAGGAGACACCCAGAAAUAUUAAACAACCUAAGCCACAAGUGUACACGGUAAAGGCGGUUGACUGCUGCAUGAUGUCCAUCAUUUAACUUCGGGGUAUGCUGAGGGCGCGACAGGAGGCGGUGAUAUCGAAGUGGGAGAUGGAGAGUAGGGGAGGGCCGCUUGGUCGCGUAAUACUUUAACUUGAAACCUGCAGUUCCGCAGCACAAAGGCUCUGCGAGGUAUAGACGAUGGGAAAAAAAUAGGAGACACAUGUGAUCCUUCCGAAGCAUUAUACUGUAGAGAUAGGGCUGGCCGAUAAAUUCAGCGAUUCCAAUUCGGGUAUGCAAAAGUGGGCCGAGCGAUCGGUCUGAAUUCAGGGAGCAUCUGACGGCGUCUGAGACAAAAAAAUCAACUUUUGCAUAGGUGCAUCUCACUAGCCUAGGAGCAUCCCGAAGGAGCGGGAAGUCGCGAGGAACAGAUGUGAGUCAUUCCUGGAUGAGAUGCGUAGGUGCAAAACCUCAGGCUUCGACAUCGGGCAAUCAAACAUUCGCCAGCUCUGGUGGAUGGCCCGAGUGAACAACAGCACAUGAUAACCGGACACGGGGACGUGUGAAGAAGACAUCAGAAGAUAGCGGCGGUGUCAGGAGGAAGGGCCCCGGGCAAUGCCCUCCCAUAACAUGAUUCGCUUAAGAAGAGCGUCCAAAUUACUCUCCGAAAGUAUUGGCGCGUGUGGCACUCCGCGGGCAGUCGGAUAUAGGGAUCUCCGCCACACAAUAUCAUCCACAC